AUGGAUAUUAUUCUAGGGAUUAGAGUACAAGAUUGUGUCAUCAUGGCCACUUCCAAGGCAGUUACUAGAGGGAUCUCCGUAUUGAAAGAUACCGACGACAAGACUAGACAAUUAUCUCCACAUAGUUUAAUGGCUUUCUCAGGAGAAGCCGGGGACACUGUUAAUUUCGCCGAAUAUAUUCAAGCAAACGUACAAUUGUAUACUAUCAGAGAAAACAAUGAACUAUCACCUCAAGCUGUAUCAAGUUUUGUAAGAAAGGAAUUGGCCAAAUCAAUAAGAUCAAGAAAACCAUACCAAGUAAAUGUAUUAAUCGGUGGUUACGACUCCACUUCGAAGAAACCACAACUGUAUCAGAUCGAUUACUUAGGCACUAAAGUAGAGUUACCUUAUGCCGCCCACGGUUAUUCAGGGUUCUACACUUUCUCAUUAUUAGAUCAUCAUUAUAGACCAGAUAUGACCAAAGAGGAAGGUCUGGAUUUAUUGAAGAAAUGUAUUGAAGAAUUGCAAAAGAGAAUGCCCAUCGAUUUCAAAGGUGUCUUGGUGAAGAUAGUAGACGAAAACGGGGUCUCCACUGUAGACGACUUCUAA